AUGAAUACUGAGUAUAUCUUAUUGAUCUUGAUUGGGUUCUUUGUACCCCCUGUUCCUAUCUUCCUUUUGGAUAAGACCAUUUUCUCCAAAGAAUUUUUAGUUUCAGUACUUUUGACUCUUUUGGGCCAUCUUCCAGGAGUGUUAUUUAGCAUUUAUUACAUCGUUAUUGAAUUUCCUAGAAGACAUAGACAAAGAGGAUAUAGAAAUUUGGAUGAAGAGAAUAGAAAUCAACCAGAACAACAUGAAAGUGAAGAACAACAAAGUCAACCUUCAGUUUAUGUUGGCGAGCAAACACAAGGAAGUUACAAUGAUAUUCCAGAACCUGUAGCUGGGGGAUCUGAUGCUCCUCCUCCCAAUUACAGUGACGUUGUUACAGCUGAACAACAGCAACAAAAACUAGUGGAUACCAAAUCUGCUGACAAUAAAAUCCAAACUUAG